AUGUCAUCUUUGGCCUUUGUAGGCGAUGCUAUCUUCACGACCUUGAUAUCUGCUGGGCCUGCCGGUGGUGAGCUGCGUAGGACCUGUGUCAAACCCUCCCCUCUCUCAUGCUGUUGUUCUGCAGCAUUAUUCGCAUCGUUUUUGGCGUUACCAGCGGCAGCUGCGCCUUUAGACAAGGCGCGUACACCCUCGUAUGUUGCUUCAGCCUUAGCCAAACUUUUUAGACUCUGGAACCACCUCUCUUUAGCCGACAUCUGGUCGUCGUUGGCAUAUUUGUUCGUUUCUAGGGGCCUGUCGUCGAGGCUGUCCGCCACUGGCGCUGUCGGCUGCUCUGUUUUCCUUUCCUCCCUUUCGACGGCGGGCGCUUCUUUAACUAUAGUACUUACUAAAACAUCGUCAGCUUGUGCUGUGAGCAGAUUUCCCGUCGAGGGUACCUUGGCGACAGGUGGCCUUCGGGUGUUAGGUGAGGGCAUGCGACCGGGCAGAUUGGUGGGCAUGUCAGGCUUCCGGGCAUUAGUGCUCGCCGGAUCGUUAGUUGCUGGUGCCGCUUCAUGUUGCCUUGCCAUCGAUCUGGGCUCCAUCAGGGUGUCAGCUGCCCUUGCAACUUUCACAGAUGGCCUUAACACCGGGUGCGUCUGUGGCACCCGUGUUGCCGUGCUCGGUUGGGAGUUCAACACAGGGAUGUUCUGCGGCAGACUGUCGCAGCUGCUGGGUACCAAAUCCGGGGUCGUUGACACCCGUGGAAGCGGUGGUUCGAUGUAA